UUUUUGAGAUAAGUAAAUUUUACUUGAUUAAAGUAAAUGUUUAAAUUAGUUUGUAAUACUGGACAAAUAUAUUGUAAGAAUCACGUAAAUCUGUGAGUAUAAAACUUAGAAAUAAGUUUUGCUGGUUAAAACAAUACAAAAGUGACACGAUAUAACAUAAUAUACUUUACAGAACGUUUCACUGACUUGUAUUUCUUCAGUCACCAAUAUCGAACAAAUAAACAUUAACAUAUUUGUAUAUUUGUAGUACGAAAUAUUUUUAAUACAUGUUAUAAUUAAUUUUUAUAGAAAUAUUAGAAAAACAUUUUUAAACACUUAAAGUUCUUAUAUAUUAGAAUACAAAGAAAAAACUUUCGGUUACUAUCGGUUCAACUAGUGUCUUUUGAACAUAAGACAUUUACAUGAAUAAAUACUGUAUCAUACUAGGUAUUAAAUUCUCUUCUAGAGGUUUUUUAGGAUUUCUUUUUAUCGCGCGACCGCUAUAAUAUCUCUCAAUAACAAUGUUUACUUGUGUGAUCGGCAUCGAUGACAAACUUCUAAACGUGGAAGUGUAGGCAGACAAAUAUACGGAAGAAUUAUGUGUGUGAGUAUAUGGUAUUCUGAUCUUCAAAAGAAAAUCUUUCUUUUUUGAUUUUGGAUAUAUUGUUUUAUAAUUAAGCUAUCAAAACGAGAUUGCAACUUGCUUACUUCUCAAAGUUGUUUACUUAUAGUCAAACGAUUAUAAAAAAAACGUUUUGUGUAAUCGUUCAUUCGUGCGCGAUUUUCAAGAAACUAUGUUUCUGAGCGUUUACCAUUAUCACGCUAUUAUACAUCAAAAUUCUGAAUAUUGAAUAUCUUACGAGUUUUAAUCACAAACAGAUAUGCACAUAAAUCAAUAAUAAAUGCAACACGUAAAUGUAAAGUAAACUGCUCUUCGAACUUUUAGAAUAUUGCAUAUCAUGAAAAAAGUUCGUCAUUAUUUCCUAUCAAUGAGCCGACUAUUCAGUUUGAUUCAUUUACGUGCAACCCUUUGAUGGAGAAGGACGUGCUUAGGUUUCGCAACAUCACAAUUUGUGAAUUGUUGACUAUCUACCUAUUUGAAACUUCUCAGUAUCUAUCAGAUACUAAUUUAGAAACGUUUUAAAUAUUUUAGUUAAUAUGAGUGAAGACGCUAAUACAUCUAUACUCACCUUUUACUCCCAUCGAAGUGUGUUCAUAACUGGUGGCACAGGUUUCCUGGGAAAAGCGUUAUGUGAAAAAUUACUGAGAAGUUGUCCAGAUAUUAAAGAAAUAUUUUUACUGAUACGACCGAAAAAAGGACUAACCAUCAACGAUAGGUUAAAGAAAAUGUUGAAGAACAAGCUUUUUGAUUUAUUACAACGCGAGCGGCCAUCCAGUUUUGAGAAAAUUAUUCCGAUAAGCGGUGACGUGAGUAUCAAAGAUUUAGGAUUAUUGCCAGAGGACAGGAAAAUGUUAAGUGAAAAAGUCUCGAUAAUAUUCCACGUAGCGGCUUCUGUCCGCUUUGACGAGAGUCUUAAACAUGCGAUUUUCACAAACUUACGGUCGACGCGUGACAUUUGUAUUCUGGCCCAAACUAUGAAAAAUAUAGUAGCUCUGCUUCAUGUGAGCUCGACGUACACACAAAGCGAUAAACCAAUCGUGGACGAGGUCUUGUAUCCUUUGGAGGAUGUUGACUGGAAAAAGACGAUCAAAAUCGCUGAGACCGUCGACGAUGAGAUUCUAAAGAUUUUUACAGCGAAAUAUAUUGGAACAAUGGCAAAUACUUAUGUCUUUACGAAAAGACUAGCCGAGCAAGUGAUAAAUGACUUUUCCGAAUCAUUGCCUUGCAUUAUCCUUAGACCAUCUAUUGUCGUACCAUCAGUCAAUGAUCCUGUACCAGGCUGGAGUGACAAUUUUAAUGGACCUAUCGGCAUGUUGAUUGGUGGUGGUACUGGACUACUACGCGUAAUUUAUGCAGAUUCUAGUAUAACUUGCGACUAUAUCCCAGUAGAUUUAGUGAUUAAAGCAAUGAUAAUCGUAGCUUGGAAACGCGGAAUACAAAACAUCUCCGUGGAUAAUAGUCUUCAAAUUUACAACUGCUCUACCCACAACAUGAAAAGCAUAAGUAUCGGAAAGUUACUACGUGUAUCAUUUCGUGUUGUGUGUGAUGUUCCUUUGGGGCGAACAAUUUGGAAACCAGAUACGAUUUUGACAAAUAGUGGUUUGUUAUAUUACAUAUUGGUGUUAGUAUUACAUAUUGUUCCGGCAUUAUUAGUAGAUGGGGUGUUGAAAAUAUUACGUUUACGUCCGAUGUUACUGAAGUUGCAACGACGGAUAUAUAUGUCAAACCGUGCGGUGUCUUAUUUUGUAACUCACUUUUGGCAGUUUAAUAACACAAAUUUAAUAAACAUCUUCGAGAAUCUGAGCGCUGCUAAUGAAAAAGAUUUUGGAUAUAAAAAUAGUGUGAAUUGUGACACAGAAGAAUAUAUCAGACGUGGCAUUAUCGGUGCAAAACUGUACUUGCUCAUAGAAGACAUGAGUCCUUUAGAACAAGCUAGAGUUUUACGUCAUCGUAAAAGGAUGGACUGGCUCCAUGAAAUAAUCAAGAUAUUGUUUGUGAUUCUGCUAUUGUAUAUUUUCUACUCAUUUUUCUUGUAAAAUACGUUAUAUUGUAUAUCAAGAAUUAUUUCUGUUUUCAUGUUAAAAUCAGUAAUUUUCUUAAAGUUCACGAGCAAGAUAUACAAAUCAUUUUGUACAGUAUACUUAUACCCAGCUCUACAGCUUGUUUUAACUAUUAAAAUUUAAGUUGUUAACAUAUAUUUCAAUAACUUCAAAUUUUGUUUAAGGGUUUACGACUUUUUUUUGUCGAUUCAUAUUGUUUCGCAAGUAAAUUUCUCUCAAUAGCUUUUUGGACUUACUUGACAAAAGUCUAAUGAUAUCAUUUUGUUUGCUUCAGAACAACUUUAUAGCAAGAGACUUUGCGUAAUGUGAGCUCAGUGUACACACAAAGCAAUCAGAUCGUAGUGGACGAGAUUAUCUAUUCUUCUUCCGGGGAUGUAGAAAAAGUGUGAAGAUUGGAGAAGGACUAUCAAGAUCGUUGACAAUGAGACCAUCGAUGAAACAGUGGUAAAAAUUUUUACAGCGAAGUUAGUGUUAGAUUACAAUUGCGCGUGCACAUGGGAGACACAUGAUGUGUCGUCAUAUCUUGUUAUUGUCAGAAUACGGUUGCGCCUGUUUAGUGAUUUUUGCAGAUAUGUAGGAACAAUAGGAAACAUUUAUGUGAUUACGAAACGUAGCUCGAUCAAGUGAUAAACGACUUGUCCGAGUCAUUGUCUUUCAUUAUUUGUAGAUUAUUCAUUAGUAUCAUCAAUCCAUGUUUCUGUAGCAAGCUGGAAUGACUAGUUUACCUGACCUGUCGGCAUGGUUCGUCGGCGGUUAACCGGAGUGAUACAUGUGGUUUACAUAGAUUGUAAUGUAGUUUCCGAGUUUAUAUCCAUAGAUAUAUUAUGAAACGAAUAAUUCGUGGAAACAUGAAUUGCAAAAGUACAUACAAAUGACUCUGAUAGCCACCUGUCUACGUUUUUGCUGUCAUGUUGCCGAAAACAAAACGCUUGAGUUUUUAGCAAAUUUAAAACAAGGUGAGUCAGGUAUUUG